AUGCCUCUGCAACUGACGAUCGUCUCCAUCGUCAUCCUCCUGGCGUCCUUCUACUUCGGCCGUGCUGUCGCUAUCUCCUCCGCCGCAGUCUCUCCGGCGCCGGACUCUGCCGUUCCGUACUUCCACGAUGACGUCACCAAUCUCUUGGAGCCGAUUCUCACGAACCUCGGCUUUCAGGAGCUGGCUAUGGCGGUUCCGUCUCUCUCCGACGCUUCUUACACUACGUGGAGCGGUCCUUCCACUCUCUUCGCUCCUGACGACGCUUCGAUUCGCGCUUGCACCGCUGCUUCUUGCUCCGUCGCUCGUCUCCUCCGUGAACACAUCGUUCCAGUGUUUUUUAGUCUACGUGGAAUUUCAUUAUUAAUCGGUGAAAACAUUGUUCCAGGUCUAUUCACGCACGAUUACCUGAAAAAACUCGCAUUCGGCACGAAGAUCGAAACGAUGGAUCCAGGUCGGUGCAUAACAAUCACCUCCGCCACCGACGUCCGCACAAACGCCUCCAAAAUCUUCAUCGGCGGCGUGGAGAUAACGCGUCCUGAUCUCUUCAACAACGGCCUCUUAGUCAUCCACGGCAUCCAAGGCUUUCUCGCGCCUCUCUCUCCCUUCUCCUGUAACGUCGAGAGAAUGAAUUCUCUCUCGUUUCCGUAUCAGCCUCAUCAUCAUCAUCCUUCCGCCGCUCCGUUCUAUCUCAUGCGAUUGAUGCUUCGCGACGCGAUGCUAAGGCUUCGAAGCACCGGAUUCAGUGUUUUAUCGCUGGCGAUGAAAGUCAAGUACGCGGAGCUUGUUAGUCUCAACAGUAUGACUGUUUUUGCAAUUGACGAUCAGUCAAUUUUCUCCGGUUCGCAUUCGUAUGUCAGUAGUGUCCGGUUUCAUAUAGUUCCGAACCGGUUGCUUCCGAUUUUCGAUCUCGAGAAGAUUCCGGUAGGGACUGAGUUGCCUACGCUUGAGCAAGGAGAGUCUCUGUUAGUGACCGCUGCUGGCGGGAGAGCAACGCCGAUUCGGAUCAAUUACGUGCGGAUCAAGGUGCCGGAUGUGAUUCGGAACCUGAAGAUCGUUGUUCACAGUGUUUACUUACCGUUUCCGCAUCUUCACAACACGGCUGCUGCUGCUACUGCAGCAUCUGCGCUUUCACCAUACGGAGUUGCUGCAUUUCCUGAGUUCAAUACCACUGAAUCGUGUGCUGCGACUGAGGGAGCUGUUCCAGGCGUUUGUAGUAGCGAGGUGGCACCGACUGCUCAGGUCCAGCCGCAGCCACAGUCACAGCCGCAGCACGAUCAUAUGUUCGACGUGAACGAAGAGCAUCACGGCCUGUGAUGCCGUCUCUGUUUGAGUUAGCUGCUUGUAACUACUAGUGUGUAUGGUUCUUGUUUGUAGAGAUCAUUCUAUCGCUUGAUGCUAUU